AUGCCCAUGAGUACCAUGUUAGUAGUCGAAAUUUUUGAUGUAUGGGGAAUAGAUUUCAUGGGUCCUUUCCCAUCAGCUGAAAAAUAUGAAUAUAUUUUGCUUGCUGUUGAUUAUGUGUUGAAGUGGGUGGAAGCUAUUCUUACUAGAACUAAUGAUCAUAAAAUCAUGAUGAAAUUUGUGCAGAAAAAUAUUUUUUUGAGAUUUGGAUGUCCUAGAGUGAUUAUUAGUGAUGGAGGAACACAUUUUACAAAUAAACAGUUCAGGGAACUAUUGAAAAAGAAUGGAGUACACCAUAGAGUAGCCAGUCCAUAUCAUCCCCAAACAAAUGGGCAAGCUGAAGUAGCAAAUAGGGAAAUUCAGAGAAUUUUGAGAAAAAUAGUUAGACCAGAUAGGAAAGAUUGGCUCACAAAAUUACAAGAUGCAUUAUGA